ACAAAUAUUAAUGCAAGACACUUCAUAUGAAUAUUAGACUGGCUCUGCUUUUCCAGGAUUCGGAAAAGGAAAAGAACAGUGAAAAUCCUAAACUGCUCACACAAUUAAAAAUGUGUUUAGCUGAAAGAACAGUGCAGAUCAUUAUCACCUUCGGAGUUUAUCAGAACAAACAUCAUGUGUUUCUAAGCACCCAGAUCAGGACAAUAAAGUUGAUUCAAACAAACACCGUGACGUCACUGCAAACAAUGGCAGCCAGCGGUUCAGCUGUAACGGUUCUGACUCCAAACGGGAGAAGACAAACAAUUAAAGUGGCUCCAAACACACCUUUGUUACAGGUAUUGGAAGAUGUUUGCAAAAAACAUGGAUUUGACCCCAAUGAUCACGGUUUAAAGUUUCAGAGGACCGUUCUUGACCUGACGCUGCCGUGGAGAUUUGCCAACCUUCCCAACAAUGCCAAACUGGAAAUGGUGACAAGCACAAGGAAACAAAGUGGAGCUGACAGCCAGGUGCGGAUCGCGCUCCAGAUGGAGGACGGCUCUCGGCUCCAGGGUUCCUUCUCCUCCGGACAGAGCCUGUGGGAAGUGAUCGCGCAUUUCCCUAUGAUCAGAGUGUCGGAGCUGACCGAGUCCGGAGCCACUCCUGCAUGUGUUUACAUGAGGGACGAGGUGAGUGGGGAGGAAGCGUUAAAGAAAACCACUCUAAAGUCUCUGGGUCUUACAGGCGGAAGCGCCAUUGUCAGGUUUCUACACAAAAAGAAUCAAGCAGCAGCAGAGGAAGAUGGACCUGCUGCAGCGCCAAGCACACCUGUUGCAAUGGAAGCCGCUCCCAGCGAAUCGCCUCAGCCCGACCCCGCGCCGUCGAUUCCAGUGGCGUCAGCUGAAGUUGUGCCAACCAGUGAGUCGGAUCCACACGAGCCAUCGCAAACCCCAGCUGCGCCAGCUGUGCCAGCUGCGCCAGCUGUGCCAGCUGCGCCAGCUCCAAGCUCCGUUGCCGAAGACGUUCCUAAACCUCAGGAUGUGGUUCAACCCAAAGUCCAGAGAGCAGUGGAGGACGGAGAGGAAGCCGGACCGUCAGGGUUGAACUCUCUCCCGGCCGCCUCUGCUCCAGCAGCUGCUUUCAUUCCUUUCUCUGGCGGCGGUCAGCGACUCGGGGGUCUGGCCGGAGAGAUGGGCCACUCGCUGUCUUCGUCCUCGUCUCUGGCGGCUCUAACCCCGACCGUGCAGUCGCCCAAAGCCAAGAAGGCCAAAUCAAACCACAGCACUAAAUGCAAAGCGACUGUCAAAUCGGCAGACCGGGAUCUGGAUAACACAGAGGAGUUUCUGGAGCCGGUCGACAGGGAGCCUCUCAUCUACCACAUGGACUCUGUGUCCCGCCGGAGCGAGGACCACGCCGAUCUGCCCGACGAGUUCUUCGAGGUGACCGUGGACGACGUGCGUAAGCGCUUCGCCCAGCUGAAGAGCGAGAGGAAGUUAUUAGAGGAGGCUCCGCUCCUCACUAAGGCUUUGAGAGAAGCUCAGAUGAAGGAGAAGAUGGAGCGCUAUCCCAAAGUGGUCCUGAGGAUCCAGUUUCCAGACAGACAUGUUCUCCAGGGCUUCUUCAGGCCCCUUGAGACAGUCGGUGCAGUGAGACACUUCCUGAGAAGUCACUUGGAGGAUCCUGAGAUCAGUUUCUACUUAUUCAUCACCCCUCCAAAAACGAUUCUGAAAGACCCUUCAGCUACUCUGGUGGAGGCCGACUUGUUUCCCGGUGCUUUGGUGUACUUCGGCUCUGACGUCAAAGCAGAGUUUUACAUAAAGAGAGAUCUGCUUGAGACGUCCGUUUCAGCCCUGCAAGCCAAUGAGUCCAUUGCGAGCUGCCUGCUCCGGUCCCCAGAGACCACACCCGGCUCAGAACCUGUCGAGGAGCCUCCGCCGCCCGCAGAAGCGAUGGACGCUGACCCAAAGUCUGCGCGGGAAGAGCCAGAAGCGUCUACACAAGCACAUGGCGCUAAGCCGGCCAGAGCCGAGCCGGGCAAGGUGCCCAAGUGGUUCAAACUGCCAGGUAAGAAAUGAGGCGUGUGCUGCGCGUUGAAGGAGUCGGAGUCUCAUCCAGACCUCUGCUGUGCUUCCACUGAGGUCCUGAUCCACCAGAACCAGAACCUGCUGCCUUUACAGACGGAGAUGAAUAGCUGAACUGAUGAAUUUGAAGGCGAUUGCUGUGUUUCAUUCCAGUUUGUUCCUGGGAUAACAAGAGCGACGUGCUGGGAACGGGGAAGAUGAUUGAAUAAAGAGUCUUAUACUAA